CUCAAACUUUCCAAGAAGCGUAGUGAAACUGAAAGUGUCAUGAAAAUACUGCAACGUGUGCUGGUCUUAAGAUUCAUUCCAGGAUUCAAAAACUGGAAUCAAAAUAAACUAUCCAAACAUUGUGUUUUACAUUGGAGGACUAGAAGUUAUUGCACAUCCUCAAGUAAUGUGGUUCACAAUGUAGAGUCCAAGUGGCUCAGGCUGUUAUUUAAGAUGGCUGACAGCUCUCCACCACAUGUUGAGGAUUUUCCAUCCCAGAUGAGGAUGACACAAAUACGUGAAAUGCUGAGUAAAGCAGCAAGAAUGAGGAGAACAGACUCAGGGGGUGAUCUUAUGCCAAAUGCUGUUGCCAAAGAAAUCAAACACUUCUACAGUGGAUUGUCAACAAAGGCUGAGAAAUUGGCAUUUUUUUUGGUUCUGGAACGAGAUCUUGGUGUAGACCACAAGGAUGUUGUACAAGUCGCUAACAGCUUGGCAAACUCUCAGGAAAAUGGACUUCCAGCCAUUUUAAAAGCAGAGGAAAAGUUGCGGCAAGCUCUCGAACCAGCUCAUACCCAAUUACUGUCCCAGAUCAGUAAGCUACCAGGAGGUGUGAAGGACAUUGUUGACAUGAGAGGUGACUUGUUGGAAGGGCUGAAUGAAGAGAAGGAUCGACUUGCCAGACAGGAACUCCAGGCUCUUAGUUCAUCCAUCAAGAAUCUCUUGGCUCAGUGGUUUGCUGUUGGAUUACUGGAUCUCAGACAGGUCACCUGGGAAUCACCUGGUAGUAUACUAGAAAAGGUAUUGCGUUAUGAGGCAGUGCAUUCAAUGUCUGGCUGGGAAGACCUGAAGCGGCGACUUGCUCCUGACAGGAGAUGUUAUAUUUACACACAUCGCUCCAUGCCUGGUGAACCUGUGGUAGUGUUACACACUGCACUGGAAUAUGAAAUUGCUGAUAAUAUACAGGUUAUCUUGAGUGAACCGGAGGUGGAUCGAGACGCGUGUGAAUAUGAAUUAGAGAAAAGAACCGCAGCAGUGUUUUAUUCUAUCACUUCGACACAAAAAGGACUUAGUGGCGUGGAUCUGGGCAAUUUUCUGAUUAAGCACGUCGUGGAAGAAUUACGGCACGAGUUUCCAAACAUCACGCAAUACUCGACACUGUCCCCUAUCCCUGGCUUCAAACAGUGGCUAAAGCUGCAGCUAUCGCACGCCCUGGAACAGCAGACAAAUGACGUUCCCCAAACGCUACUUUUGGAAGAUGAACAGGAAAUUAUCCAAGGCAGUCACUCCAAUUCGGAAUUGUCUUCGCUCUCCUUGUUUAAGAACCUUUUAGAAACCAGCGAUUGGCACCUUAACCCAAGUAUAGCUGACUGUCUAAGGAAACCAUUAGUACGCCUCUGUACCAAGUAUCUAUACAAAGAGAAAAGGCGAGGAUUUGUCAUGGAUCCAGUUGGUAAUUUUCACAUCAGGAAUGGUGCGUGGAUGUGGAGGUUAAACUGGUUGGCGGAUGUGAGCGCACGAGGAAUGGAUAAUUCCUUUGGACUGAUGAUGAACUAUAAAUAUGUCCUAGAAGAUGUGGAUAAGAACAAUCAACAGUAUUUACUGAACGGUACUGUUGCUGCAUCGCCACAGUUUCUGGAGCCAUUGCGGGCGUGACAUGGUCAUCUUGACCUUUGAGUGACUUAGAAGUCCCCCGACUAGACCAUCUUAAAACUUGCAGUGCAUAUAUGGACAUAGUAAUGGAUGGUGCAUGUGGGAACGCUUACAUGUAACUGGAAACAAGCCAGUAUGAAAUAAGGAAGAAACUAGGGAUUGGCCUGGUCUGCAUUCUGUCAAUUUAGCUCCUUAGAGAUACAGAUGGAAAGAGUUCAGAAACCCUUAUGUUGGAACUCCUUUCACCACAAGCGCGCAUUCAUGAUUUGGUUUCAUAUAAUAACUAAAUUAUCUUUAAAAGAUUCUCAUGUUUUAAUUUUUAUUUAAAUAGCAAACAAGGCAAGCAAAGAAUGAAUCCCUCAAGAGGACUACUAUUUAAGCAAUUGCACAAAAGAAGCAUGAAAAAAUUCAGGCUUCGACGGGCUUCCAGAUAUUUUUCAGGCGCUACUACCAACUGAGCUACAAAGCCACAUGUUGUGAAAACGAGACAACUAUGAGCUUUCAAAUUUCUUUGUUCGGAGCUGCAGCGCGCCGGAUAUUUCAAUUCGUUUUUGCAGCUUUCAAAUUGUUGCAGCACAUCAGUGCCUCUGUAUAGUAGUGGUUCAUUCACAUGUUUCAACACCAACGAAAUUAGUAAUCGUACUUUGGUAUCAAAACACUUUCCUGUAUCAGUUUGAUUUUUCUUUGCCCAUUUCAGAUGAGUUAAACAACCAGUCAUGGGUGGCCUGUACAACGCUGUCAUUUUAAAAUACUCGCGAACGAAUUCGAUGUCUAGGGGAAAUUUGAGAACGUUGACCGAAAUUCCCUUUUAGUUUUCUUUCUACUCCGUCACUAAACUGAUUUACCUCCAGGAAUACUUGUAUAAUUUUUUUUUAUCGAAAUUAAGUCUUUCACUCGCUUUUUGUGAGAAUUACCUGACGCUUUUUUUAACCAAUUUUUGAGAAACCUUCGGUGAAAGAUUGAGUGGCAUCGCUUCUUACCCACAUCACAUUAUUUCCCGAUAUGAUUAACCAGUGACACUCGAUUUCCCUUACAACCUCCCUUUCAUUCAAAAGGCAGUUUACAAGUCUCCGACAACAGUACUUAAACAUCAUUCAGCAGUCGUACACUAAUUUCACUUCUGUUGGUACAUGAAGUUGCCAUGAAGUGUAGAAGGCCAGCUCUAUAUCACUGAAUGACAAAAAUACUUUUUAACUUUAUUUCAAAUCAGUUGCGCUACCCAAGAAACGGCUUAUAUUUCAAACCCCCCCCCCCCCCCCUUUCAAGAAAGCGAUUCAACAAAUGAAUGGUAGUGCUUGCUUUCAACCAACUAGACACGGCGCACUUAAAUACAAUGAUCAGCCACCUUAACCCUUUAACUCUCAAGAUCCGAUGUUAACUCUCCCCGCUAGUAGCUAAACAGACAAGUCUAAGUAUUAUAAUUACCUCUACUGGAAAAGGUCUGGAU